AUGAGGGCACUCAGUGUACUAAGAGUGUCCGGGGGUACAAGUGAGAGCUUGACUUUCCGCCAAGGAUAUCCGAAGAGCUCGCGUGAGCUAGUCUUGCUGGAUGCCCUCACAGGGGAGACGUUUAGGUUCUCCCUGCCGCUCCGUUCUUCUGGCAAGGAACCGCAUGAUUCAACACCUGGUGGUCAGGAUUGUUCCUUCGAGGGCUCAGAAGUGUGCUCGUGGCUGAGCCUUGAGCAUCACAUCCAGCACGAGCUUCUCCCAAACCUUCCUCCUCUCACGACUGGGGAGGAUGAGCAACCCCAUCAGCUGAGAGGAAAAACAACAUAUCAAAGAGGUGCUUCUUGCCUUUCAGAGCCCCGAAGAUGCCUUUGCCUUGUGGAGGCCACAGGGAGAAGCCUAGCAGCAGAGGCUGCUGCUGCAAGAGCAGCUCAGGAGGGGAGCGGCAGCAACACAGUGUACACUAACAGUCUGCUUCGGUCUGACGGUCCAGUUGGACUUGUUCUACUCAGGUCAGAGCUUUUGAUGUGCCUCCAGCAUAGCAUAAGCCCUGUAUUGGGAGUGGCUGUCGCACACACGGCUGCAGACCCUCGACAAGCGCAUGCAGGUGCCUCCUCAAUUGCUAGUGAAGGAGGGAGUGCUGGGAUUCGUCAGGAGAAACAUCCAGAGUGCAUGUGUAGCAGGAGGGGCUGCUUCCAGUUUCCUUGGGCAAAAACCCAACAGCGGCUUGCCAGUGGGGAACUGAAAGUUCUCAGGGCAGCUGCAUUGCUCGACGGGGAUGUGUCCUUUAAAUCCUUUGGUAGCAACGUAGUGGCAGCUGCCUGUUCGUGCUGCUGCUCCGGCUGCAGGGAGUCCAAAUAG